CAGUCGUUUCAGAAGAGGUGCUCUUUGAUUUAUCGUCUGUGUGGAAAAGUUGGACCUGAUUUUUAAUAAGUAAUCGUCAGAAGGAAAGUUAACAAUGCCAGUGAUAAUACUGGACCGAAUUCCUUUGCCAAGUCUUCAAGCUUACACGGCAUUUAGUGUUCUUCUGCUGUCGUGUGCCUUAUUUUACACCCACCAGAUAGUGAGCAAUGUCGAGACAGACAUUGGCGAAAACAACAUGUCACCGGGAAGUCAAACUGUCACACCCGUGGGACAGGUGACCCAGACAGGAAGACAACCGCGGCAAAACAUCGCCCAGUUAACAGAGGAAGGGGAAAUGACUGAAAAGCCAAACCAUGAAGCUGGAGAGUUGUUCAGCUCGCCGGCAGAUCCAUUUAGACCACCGGAGAAGGGAGACAACCCUGGUGUAUCUGAAAUGUCAGAAACUGAUAAUGUUGAAAUGGAAGAGCUCGAUGAACCUGUGAACUACACCCUCCCAUAUGACAACUAUGUAGCAAACAUGUUUUAUGUGAUGACAGUCGAGAUUUGGUGCGUAUGGACAUUAAUCAACAUGGCAUUUUGUUGCCUGAUCCUCCUGGGGAAGGUCAUCCAGAAGGUUGUGUUUGGGGAGCUCCGGGUCAGUGAGCUGCAGCACCUGAAGGACAAGUUCUGGAACUUUGUGUUCUAUAAGUUCAUCUUUGUCUUUGGCGUGAUGAAUGUUCAGACCAUGGAGGAGGUUGUGUUGUGGGUUGCCUGGUUCACCAUGCUGGGCUUCUUUCACCUCCUGGCACAGCUCUGUAAAGACAGGUUUGAAUAUCUGUCUUUCUCUCCGACCACCCCGAAGUGGGUUCACAUCAAGCUGCUGUCGUUGUUGUUCUGUAUUCUACUGGCUUGCGUGGGGUUGAUGUUGGUCUGUGUACUGGCUGGUCUUCAGGCUGGGAUUACAAUUUUCUGUUUUAUGACAGCAGAGUGCCUUCUUCUCAGCAUUAGGUCACUCCACGUCGUAGUAAGGUAUGCCAUCCACCUGUGGGACAUGAACCUGGAGGGCGUGUGGGAGAAUAGGUCCUUUAUGGCUUACUACACGGAAUUAUUUUUCGAACUGUCAGCUCUUUCAAUCGAUUUUGCCCAUCACCUUCAUAUGCUACUGUGGGGGAACAUCUUUUUAAGCAUGGCCAGCCUUGUGAUCUGUAUGCAGCUGAGGUAUCUUUUCCACGAGUUCCAGAGGAGAAUCAAACGUCACAAGAACUACUUACAAGUUGUUCAUAACAUGGAAUCAAGAUUUACCAUGGCAUCAAAAGAAGACUUGGAGAAGAACAAUGAUGACUGUGCCAUCUGUUGGGAGAGAAUGGAAGUGGCCAGGAAGUUACCCUGUGGGCACCUGUUUCACAAUUCCUGUCUGCGAUCCUGGCUAGAGCAGGAUACGUCCUGCCCAACAUGUCGCAUGGCGCUGAACGAAAGACCAGAGGGCGAUCCCAACGGCAACAACAUUGAUGGCAGAGGAGAUGCCCCUAACAACGUGCCACAAGCCCCGCCUGGCAACACAGCCACCACCAACCACUUCUUUCACUUUGAUGCUUCCCGUUACGUGUCCUGGCUACCAAGUUUCUCCGUGGAGGUCACUCACACCCAGCUUCUGCCUGGUCAGCAGAUGAACAAUGCCUUCCAGACCUCCCAGCUGGACAACAUGGCCCGCCAGGUACAGAACGUAUUUCAGCACAUGCCUCUUAAUGUAAUCAUGGAUGACCUUCACAUCACCCGAUCCGUCGACCACACGAUUGACAACAUUCUGGAGGGAAGGCUUGUGGCUCCAUCAAAUGGUACAUUUCCAGCUCGCUCUACUGUUGACCCGUCUGGUUCAGAAACAGACGUUGAUCAGGAUCGACAGAUCGUGUUACCCUCGGUAGUAUCAAGGACAGGGGCUACCGCGUUACAAGCGGAGAUAGGAAGGAGGUCCAGCGAGCAGUAUGAACAUGUGUCACCUGACCUCGCUGCUGACACGGAGGCUUCUGAUUCUGACUUAGCAACGUGUAGAGGUGUGGCCAACCUCAUGGAGAGGGUGCUAGAAUCAGACACAGAUAAUAACACAAAUGUACUUAGAGGAGGAGAAAUGCCAUCAGCCACAGGGAGCCGGUUCUCUAAGUCUCCAUCAGAGAGAGAGACAAUGUUACAGGACAGGAAGAAUGCCCUCAUGGAGCAAGCCAGAAGGCGAUUUUUAGCCAUGGAGAACUCAAAGCCCGGUGAAACAAGCUCCUUGAAUGACUCAAAUUCUUCCCCUGACCCCGAGGGGUGGCUUAGGAGACGUGGCGAAGGUGAUCAGCGUGACCCCAGGGAGCUGGCCUUCCUAGCAGCACAGAGACGGCUGUAUCAGCAACACCACUGAUACACAACACUCACAUAUAGAUCUCGACUUUUUUUAACUUUAUUGAAAGUGAGUUUUGUUUCUGAUCUAUAGAGCAGCCACAAUGCAUUGCAAUACCUAGGGAGCUUACAUAAUUGUCACAAUUUCAGUCGAAAUACUGUACAUGUAUUUUCCUGAUCUAAUAAUCUAUUGAUUUCCUUUUUUGUUAAUUGUGAUACAGAGUUUUGUUAUACUCUUGACUUGACCUGCCUUCAUAAUUGCAUAACUACUGGUAGUUAUGUGUGAAGUUGUAAUAUCAGUCUAUAUCAUUUGAUCACCCAUAAAUAUCAUUGAAGAUUUUUUUGUACAUUAUUUAUCAUAGUUCUUUUCUGCUAAUAUUGUCAGUGAUGCUAAGAUAGCAUGUACGAUUUUGUUUGAAUCUGUAAUUGUUGUAGUUUCCUGCCACUAAAAGCACUUUGUUACGGUUAAAUGUUAUACAGUGUAUUCAUCUUGUAAAUAUUGAUAUAGAGGAACUAAAGGUUAUUCUACAAAUCAUGUGAAAAUCUACUGAUUAAAGGAGAAGAAAACAUAAAAAUGACACAAAUAUGAGAUGAAAGUGUCAAAACUUAUUUGCAGAUAUGAUUAAAUUUUUUUCUUUCAGGAGAAAGGCAUUUGAAAAUAUUUUUGUAUGGUGAAUACUUCGGGAGCACCUCUUGGUAUAUAUCCUCUUUGCAUAAUAAUGUUCUAAAUACGGAUGUGAUGCCUGUCUAAUAAAUUUACUUCAAUGCAAAUUUGUUUUUUGUGUACAAAGACAUGAAUUUAAUCUUAAUUUUGAUAAUAUUUAUGAACAUAUUAAAAACAUAAAUAUGAUUAAAAUUCAGGUUGAACACAUUUGUUAGCUGAAAAGACCAAAUUCUAGCAUAUAUAUGUUUAUUAAACGUGCUUUAUAUCCUCAUUUAGAACAUCAUUAAGCAAGAGACAAUAUACACCAAGAGUUGAUCCCAAAGAGCCACCAUAGAAAAAUUCACUUCAAAUGUAUUUUUUCCAUUAAAGAAAAAUAAAAAAAGAAAAAUAUUUAAGACCAUAUUUAUAACUAACUUUGCAAACCCUUUCAUCUGAACUUCGUGUAUGUUUUAAGUUUUCUCCACCUAUGUGUUUCAAUUAUUUCUGUAGGAUAUUGUUGUAUAUAAUUGAUGCUCACAGUGUUGACUUCUUAUAUGGAUUUAUCUGCGCAUUCCUUCUGUAGGAAGCUCUGAUUGUGUUCAUCACCCAGAAUUGUUCAUCAACCACUAUCAGUCACAUGAUCAGUAUUU